CCCUCUCUCUCUCCCUCUCUCCCCCCCCCCCCCCCCCCCGUCCACUCUCUCUCUCUACCUCACCCACUGACCCAUUUUCUUUGUGGCUCAUCUCGAAGGUGGACUGAACGGAACUAUGUAGCCUUCCAUCUUCUUUUUCCAGCCCAAAUCCCCAAUUCCCAAAUCGGUCAGUUGUAUCCUCUCAAGUUUCAUUCAGUACUUCAGAUCUGGUGUUGACGUAGCUGACGUCGACGGCGACGCCGGCGAUAUCGUAGAGGGAGAGGUGGGAGACAAGAGGGUUGAGCUUCAUGAGGAGAGCGAGGCGCUGACCGAUGGGGGACGGACUCCGAGGAGUAGGCUUGGCGGGCGACGCGGUGGAUGUCAGAGGUGAUAAUACCUUAUGGUUUGUUGUAAAUUAAUUUCAACAAAUUGGGGUUGCUAUUCGUUUUUUUUUUUUGUUGCAGCAAGGCUUUUUUGUCGAUCUUCAAGUUCUCAAAGGUUCAGAACUUCAGAUCUUUCCCUCUUUACUAUGAGUGAAUGGUGUUGCUGCAUGAAAAACGUUCACAUAUGUUAGGCGAAUGCGACAAGCUUGGGAAUUGGACACAAAUAGGAAGCUCCUUGAUGAAUCUCAGAUGAAUUGUGCUCACUUGGAGAACUGUUUGCAUGAAGCAAGAGAGGAAGCUCAAACCCAUCUUUUUGCUGCUGAUCGUAGGGCCUCAGAGUACAGUGCACUGCGAGCAUCUGCUGUGAAAAUGCGUGGCCUUUUUGAAAGGCUUCGGAGCUGUGUUAAUGCCCAGGGAAUGACUGGUUUUGUUGAGUCUUUGCGCAGUUUAGCACAAUCUCUGGGAAAGUUUGUGCCAGACUUUUGAAGCAAGUUAAAGCUUCCUAGAGGGUUUUUUCACUUUUCUCCCCCCGUUAUUAAUUCAUCUUUGGUCAUCAUUACUUUUAAAUUUAUGCAGAUGGUCGACUUUGGCAUGCUUUCAUUGGCUUAGGAUUUUGAGAAAGCACAGAAGCUUAUGAUUUUCAAGCAGCUCUGCAUAAUCACAUGAAGUAUGUUCUAUACAGACCAUACUUACAAUUUUUUCCUGGUCAUCUUUUUUCUGCAACAAUCUUGAUGUGGUAGGGAGAGGAAUGUUAUUUUGUCUUCUUUUGUUGUUGUAUAUGGAGAAGUUUAGGCCAUAUGUCCCCUUCACCCUACUCUUUGUACUUGGUUUAUCAAAAAUAGUAUUAAUGAAAAUUUUCUUUGUUG